AUGGGUGCAGUACCCACCAUACCUAACAUACAUAAACCGCCCUUGACGUGUUGUCACGUUCAAGAGACCGCCGCUAUUGACUCAUUAGUCAGGCGUUUCUGGGAGCUCGAGGAGCUUCCUACCGCACCGCCCGUUCAACAUCCCGAUGAUGUUGAAUGUGAAGAAUAUUAUAAAUCAACUACAACCCGCGACCCCGUGAGUGGCAGAUAUAUUGUUUCGCUUCCAUUUAAGGAUGAUUUCUACACUCUCGGUGACUCAUUUAAUAUUGCCCGCAAGCGUUUCAUGUGCCUCGAAAGAAAGCUACAGGCUUCACCUAAAUUAAGGUUGGCAUAUGAUGACGUCAUAAAAGAUUAUCUAACGAAGAAUUAUAUUUUACCCGCGCCUCCGUAUGAUCCGCGUGACCCCACACCUAUUUAUGUUAUACCGCAUCACGCUGUUCUGCGCGAGGAUAAAUCGUCGACUAAGCUGCGCAUGGUUUUAGAUGCUAGCAUGCCAACUUCUGGAAGCCAGCGUUCAUUGAAUGACCUUCUGCAUGUUGGGCCGAAUUUACAAGGCAAUUUGUUUACAAUAAUUUUAGGUUUUCGUCUCCACGCGAUUGCCAUGACCGCCGAUUGCCGCCAACAAUUUCUGCAGAUUUUCGUGCGUGAGUUAGAUCGUCGUUUUCAAUGUUUUUUAUAUCGUUUCAGCCCGCAGGAUCCGCUGCUUCUUUAUCAAUUUAAUCGAGUUUGCUUCGGCAUCAAGUCUAGUCCUUAUCAUGCACUGCGCACGGUAAGACAGCUCGUAGAAGAUGACGGCGCGAAAUAUCCGCUCGCGAGUAGCAUUGCGUCUUCCUCGUUGUAUAUGGAUGAUAUCGCCUUCUCUAUUCCCACGGAGUGUGAAGCAGUUUCCGCGUCGCAGCAGCUCAUCGAUUUGUUUAAGGGAGCUCAGUGGGAUCUAGUUAAAUGGAAUAAUAAUAGUAAAAAUGUGUUAGAUAAUCUUCCCGCUUCGCACAAACUUUUACCCUCCGCGGUGGAGUUUGAUAAGACCGUGCAACAUAAAUUACUUGAUCUGCAUUGGUCUACUGUUGAUGAUUGUUUUAUUUUAAAAUUACUGCACCCGCCGAUGUGA